CGUGAUCCAUACCAAGCGUCGUUGGUCUCUGUUUUAAUAGGUCUGUUUUCUAUGUUACUGAUAUAUUUUGAUUGUGGUAUGCAUUUAUAUGCCACAAUAAGAAUUUUUAAACACCCCUAAAAAAAAAAACAGGUGUCAUACUACACUCCUACAAUCCCAUACUGGCCACUUCUCGACAACGGCUACUUUCCUCUGUGUAGGGAGGUUUGAUUGAAGUCUAAACCAGCGUUUAAAACCAUCGCUGGGUGCCCCUGCAUCUUUUACAGAUCCUUUAUAGCACUGACAGCAUGCUAUUCAAUUCUGUCAUUAAGAUUAUGAUAUGUACUUCCUGUGAUACUGAAUCACCAUUACAAGCACCGACAAAUCCAGCUAUUUUUAUCUCACUUCUGCUAACAUCAAGAUUCAGGUUACACUCUCAUCAGUGAACUUCAAGCAACAAAAGCUUUUUAUCGUCUUCACGUAAGCCAUAAAACUCACAGUGAACUGGUCUGCAAGCAGCUCAAGAGCAAGGAAAACAACCUUGGCAUCAGUUUGAUAUCUCGAUCUGUUUGUUUGUUUUACAGUUGCAGUAAUGAAACAAUCAAGACAAGACAACGAACAGAAGCAGACGAACAGAAGACAAACACUGGACCGCUUGUGUUCCGGGUCAGGCUUGCUGUUGUCGGUUGUGUGUUGUAUCGCGCUAAUUCACGUGGAAUUCAGAAUACAAGAACAUCAUCGACUGAUAUCACACUCAGUAACAUUCUGUGACAACAUGGCGACAGAAAUCCUUCGAAAAGUUCAACAAAAUUAUGAACGAUGGCAAGUUAAGGUUUCAGGUCGCCAUUGGCAAUCGACCAAAGGUGAACAAGAAACCCUCUCAAGAAAAAGACGUUCUUCAUCCGCCGGUGAAUCACAACAAAAAUCGACCCUAACAGCCUCUGAAGUACAAGUGUUGUUCAAACAAGAACUUUGUCUGCUGCAAAACCAAGUCUGUGCUAAAGAUCACACGCUCUGCCGUGCAGGACCAAAAGGGAACACGGGUAGAAGAGGAAGACCGGGUCCCCCAGGGAGACCCAGCUCUAAUGGACCUCCUGGUAAACAUGGACCAAAGGGGGAUGUUGGAAUACUGGGAGACCCCGGUCCCGUGGGACCUAGAGGCCCGCCGGGUAUGAAAGGCGACAAAGGUGACCCGGGCCAGUCCAUCUCGGCUCCAUCUCUGCAGCAGAACCCUGUUGGAAUGACAGUCAAUGAAAGUCAGACAGCUAUCUUGAAAUGUACAGCCGAUGGUAAUCCAAGACCAAAAGUCACGUGGUCUAAACUGAAUUCAUCGCUUCCUGUAGGUCGUCACGUGGUAGAGUUCAGUGGUGCUCUGAUUGUGAAGGACAUUAGACCUGGAGACGACGGUGUUUAUAGCUGCAGAGCGGAGAAUGUGCUGGGGCAAGUGAAUGCCUCGGCGAAAUUAACUGUUCAGUUUCCUCCUCAUCUUUCAUUGUCAUCCAAUCGAUUGAUGGCGGAAGAAAACCAAAACGUUUCCAUCACCUGCAAUGUCACCGGUUGGCCUUUUCCGCAUAUCACGUGGUCCAAGUCAGUUGGUAGAUUGCCUGAAGAUAGAAAUGAAGUGAUGAAUGGAACCCUAACAAUCUACAGUGUGACAAGAAAUGAAAGUGGAAUUUACAUUUGCAAGGCGGAGAAUAUUCUUGGAUCAGUAACAGACGCCGCUUUGCUCAUGAUAUUUUCUCCCCUGAAAUUCAAAGUUCGCCCUCCUCUUGAAGUGACUCCCUAUGCGUUUGGAUCAAGUGUUCAUCUGCCGUGUGUGGCCGAGAGUGACCUGAGAACAACAAUCGCCUGGACCAAGGAUGGCAAGUCUUCACUUCCUGUGGAGUCUAAUGUUCUACAGAAUGGAACACUGCUUAUAAGGAACAUCAAGAAAUCACACGAAGGAUCCUACACCUGUAGAGCUACUAAUGCUUUGACAACCAUAGAAGCUAAAGUCAAAGUCAAAGUCAAUUCUCCACUUAUGGCAACUUCCUGUUCUGUGGUAAGAAAAUACGUCAGCAGUGUAAGGGGUAAUUAUGUCAUUGAUCCAGAUGGCGCGGGAGGCCUGGCACCAUUUACAGUUAAUUGUGAGAUGAGUGACAAAAAUGGAGUUGGCGUGACAGUAAUUAGUCACGAUAGUGAGAGUAGAAUGUUGGUGGAUGGAUGUUAUCACAUAGGUUGUUACUCGCGUGACAUUCAUUACACUGGAGCGAGUCUUUCACAGCUGGCGAGUCUCACCAGAGUCUCAUCACACUGUGAGCAGUUUAUUAAGUACGAGUGUUAUGAUUCAAGACUGCGGAGAAGCGAAAUGGCUUGGUGGGUGUCACGUGAUUCUAGGAAGAUGACGUACUGGGGUGGAGCAUCACCUGGCAGUGGUAAGUGCGCAUGCGGGAUGACCAACUCACGUGCAGGUGGAUAUGGUUGUAACUGUGAUAAGAAUGAUGCUGUAUGGCGUGAAGACAGCGGUCUCCUCACUGACAAGACACAUCUGCCAGUUAAACAGCUCAGGUUUGGGGAUACAAGCGGUCCUGCUCAAGGUUACCACACACUGGGAAAACUAAAAUGCUAUGGCAUAGCGUAAAAACUCCUCAUCAGUUUAUAUUGUUUUAGGCUGUUUAAGUUAUACAUGGGAAUUUCGGAAAUGGUAAUUAUUAUUUUUUUAGUGGCAAUGCAUUCUGACUUUUCUAAUAUGUAACAAACACAAAGAGCCAUACGAGAACUUAAAAUUGUGUCACUUAAAGGAGCUCAGUCACGGCAUUUUGAGUUUGACAGACAGACAGACAAUUUAUUUCAACACGGUAUCUCUUCAGUUACAAAGAAUUGGUUUCCAAGAAAGCCGUGCUAACAAAUUACUUAAAAGAAUUUCAAAAUUUCACGAUAGAAGAAAAUUACUACGCUAUUGUGGAGACUGAAUGUAAAAUGAGAUUUACGAAAUGACUUAAGAGACUGUUCUGUUUUCAUCGGAUUUGGAUGAGAAUUCCAUAGUUUAGCAACACGAUGAGUUAUUUUUGUCGUGGACAAAAUUACCUUUGAAACUGAAGGAAACCUUAAAAUAGUCGUUUGCUAAGAUAGACAAACAUCAAAGAGAUACUAAUAAACUAUCAAGGAACAAGGAUGGAGAUUUAAACGGAUUAAAAACGAGGAACUUGAAAAUUUAGGCUAAACUUUUCAAGCUAGAUGCGCAGAUCGUGACGUAUGUUAAAGUAAUAACCUUAAUAACUACAGGCACAUUCGGGUUAAUUCAGUAUGGUGUUUUCCUAUCUUAAGACACGCGUGUAAUCACAAGGAGCUAUGUCAGGAUAUUUUAAAUCAUUUUCCUGUAAGCAGAGCUGGUAACCACUGAUGUCAAAACAGAUACGACAGAUCAACUUAAAGCAAAAAAAAUUUUUCAAGAUGAGUGAUCCCUGAAAUAUCUGCAACUUAUGAAAUAAGGACACGCGAGUGCACCGUGAGAUUAAAAGUUAAGGUGUGCUGUUCUCAUAUUAUGGCUGAAAAACAAGCUUUUGCGCUUUUAACUG